GAAUCAUGUGAUGUGGUAGUCCAACAAAAUGGGUGAUGAUAAUUCAACAUUCAAUUUGCCUAGAGUAAAGCUUGGAAAUCAGGGCCUUGAGGUAUCAAGAUUAGGCUAUGGCUGCAUGGGGCUUACCGGUGCCUAUAAUAUUCCUCUCCCUGUGGAAGAAGGCAUCAAAGUGCUCAAGGGAGUUUACAAUAGAGGAAUUACAUUCUUUGAUACUGCUGAUAUAUACGGGGCAGACCAUGCUAAUGAGAUACUCGUAGGAAAGGUAUUAAGGGAAUUACCUAGAGAAAAGAUCCAAUUGGCCACAAAAUUUGGUUUUUUCAAGUUUGACCCCACCAAGAUUACAGUUAAAGGAACUCCUGAAUAUGCCCGUUCGUGCUGUGAAGGUAGCCUAAAGCGGUUGGGUGUGGACUACAUUGAUCUCUAUUACAUACAUCGAAUUGACACUACUGUUCCCAUCGAGGACACUAUGGAAGAGCUCAAAAAGAUGGUGGGCGAGGGUAAAAUAAAGUACAUUGGAUUAUCUGAAGCUAACGCAGACACGAUUAGGAGAGCACACGCAGUUCACCCGAUUACUGCUUUACAAAUAGAAUAUUCCCUUUGGACUCGGGAGAUCGAGGAAGAACUGAUUCCACUUUGCAGGGAACUUGGAAUAGGCAUAGUUCCAUAUAGUCCCGUGGGACGUGGAUUUUUCGGGGGCAAAGCAGUCAGAGAAAGCCUUCCUGAAAAUAGUGUGCUGGGAUCACAUCCUAGGUUUACUGGAGAAAACUUUACCAAGAACAAGAUCAUUUAUGAUCGAGUAGAAGCAUUGGCAGAAAAACAUGGAUGUACUCCUAUUCAGCUCGCUCUUGCAUGGGUUCUCCAUCAAGGAAAUGAUGUAGUACCAAUUCCUGGUACGACCAAAAUUAAGAAUCUUGAUGAGAAUAUUGGUUCACUAAAAGUGAAACUGACAAAAGAAGAUGUAGAAGAGAUUCGUAAUGCAGUGCCUGUUGAUGAAGUUGCUGGUUGUAAAACUAGUGAAGCUCUUCUACGUGUCUCGUGGAAAUUUGCAAACACACCACCCAAAACCAGCAGCUGAUCAUCUUCAUGUAAAGACUAUACUGUUUUCAGUUAUGUUUUAUGAGGAUUUUGAGUUCUUGCAGCAUAAAAUGAUUUUAUCCAAGUGUAUCCUACAUUGUGGAAUGUGGAAUAUGGCGAUUUGUGUCCAAGAACAUUCCUCAGUCUGGAAUUUAUUUGAAUGCGAAUUGUGUAUUAUUAUGUCA